GAUGAAAUUCUCAAAGCUGCUGUAAUGAAAUAUGGCAAAAAUCAGUGGUCUAGAAUUGCAUCAUUGCUCCAUAGAAAAUCAGCUAAGCAGUGCAAAGCCAGAUGGUAUGAAUGGCUAGAUCCCAGCAUUAAGAAAACAGAAUGGACUAGGGAAGAAGAAGAGAAACUUCUUCAUUUAGCUAAGCUGAUGCCUACUCAGUGGAGGACUAUAGCUCCAAUCAUUGGCAGAACAGCUGCUCAGUGUUUGGAGCACUAUGAAUACUUAUUAGAUCAAGCACAAAGAAAAGAAGAAGAUGGUGAUUUCACAGAUGAUCCCCGAAAGUUAAAACCUGGCGAAAUAGAUCCAAAUCCUGAAACAAAACCUGCCCGUCCAGAUCCACAAGAUAUGGACGAAGAUGAAAUGGAAAUGUUAUCUGAAGCAAGAGCAAGACUGGCAAAUACACAAGGCAAAAAAGCUAAAAGGAAAGCUCGAGAAAAACAAUUAGAAGAAGCUAGGCGACUCGCAGCUCUUCAAAAGCGCAGAGAACUGAGAAUGGCAGGAAUUCAAUUAGAAGCUCGCAAGAGAAAAAAGAGAACUGUUGACUAUAAUGCUGAAAUACCUUUUGAAAAAAGACCAGUGCCUGGACUUUAUGAUACUUCUGAAGAAACUUAUGAUCCUAUGAAUCCGGAUUAUAGAAGAUUACGCCAGCAGCAAUUGGAUGGUGAAUUAAGAAGUGAAAAAGAAGAGAAAGAAAGAAAAAAAGAUAAGCAGAAGCUUAAGAAAAGGAAAGAAAAUGACAUCCCCUCAGCUAUGUUAUCUGGGAAUUUUGAACAGUCUAAAAAAAGAAGUAAAUUAGUUUUACCAAGUCCUCAAAUAUCUGAUGCUGAAUUAGAACAGGUAGUUAAAUUAGGAAAAGCAAGUGAAACUGCCAGGGAAGCUGCUGAAGAGUCAGGAAAUAAAGUUUCUGAGACAUUAUUGCCUGAUUAUAAUUUAACUCCAACAGUGUUGAAUUCAAGAACCCCUCGUACUCCAGCUACUAGCAGAGAUACUAUUCUAAUGGAAGCCCAGAAUAUAAUGGCUUUAUCAAAUGUGGAUACCCCACUUAAAGGAGGAUUAAAUACACCUCUUCAUGAAUCUGACUUUAGUGGUGUUACCCCCAAAAGGGACGUUGUUUCAACUCCUAAUAAUUUGCUUACUAACUCAUUUAGAACUUCCUCUCAGUCAACAGGCAAUACUCCUAGUCGUACUCCUGGCCUGAAAUCAUUGAAAGAAAUGACUCCUGGAACAACGCCUCUGAGAGACAAGUUGAACAUCAACCCGGAAGAUCAUCUAGGUUUUGAAGAUGUUGUAUCAGCAAAAAAUUAUAAAGCAGAAAGCCGAAAUAUGCUGAAGAAGGCUCUGACUUCUCUUCCUUUGCCUAGAAAUGAUUAUGAAAUUGUUGUACCAGAAGAUGAGCAUCAAGAAGUGGAAAAAGAACAGUCUGAUUUAGCAACAGUUAUGGAUCAAGCAGAUGUUGAUGUACAAAAGCAAGAGGAGCAAAGAGCUUUGUUAGAAGCAGAACGACGACGUCAGUCGACUUCUGUUCAGAGGGACUUACCUCGUCCAUCUGAUGUCAACAACAGCAUUCUGAGGCCGUCUCAUUGUGAACCCCCUCUGACUGAUCUGCAGAAAGCAGAGGAACUGAUUAAGCAAGAAAUGUUGAUUAUGUUGCACAAUGAUAGUUAUAAAAAUCCAUAUCAGCCACCAGGAAGUAAGAACAAACCACUACCACCAAAAUCUAGUCUUGCUCACCACGUUUCCUAUUUAGAAAGGCAUCCAUAUAAAGAAUAUGAUGAAAGUGAGCUUGAAACUGCAAAAGAAAUGCUGAAGCAAGAAAUGGAAGUUGUCAAAAAGGGUAUGGGACAUGGUGAUCUUAGUAUUGAAGCUUAUACACAAGUCUGGGAGGAAUGCCUUGCUCAAGUGUUGUUUUUACCUGGACAAAACAGAUACACCAGAGCUAAUCUUGCCAGUAAAAAAGACAGAAUUGAAUCUUUAGAUAAAAGACUGGAGCAAAAUCGCAACCAAAUGACCAAGGAAGCCAAAAGAGCAGCAAAAAUUGAGAAAAAAUUACGAAUUUUAUUAGGUGGUUAUCAAUCUCGAAACCAAGCAUUGAUGAAGCAGCAUCAAGAUUUAGUUGAACAAGUUGAGCAAACACAUCUUGAGUUAAACACUUUCAAAACUUUACAAGAAUUGGAAAGUUUAGCUAUUACAAAAAGAGUUGAAUCUUUAACAGAAGAUGUAAAUAGACAAGUUGAAAGAGAAAGUAUGCUGCAAAAGAAAUAUCAAGAUUUACUAGAGAAAAAAAAUGAAUUUGAAGAACUUUUAGCAAAAUCUUAAGGCAUCUCAUAGUAUUUAAAACAAAUUAAGAAAAGAAAAUUUUGAACUAGUUCUUUAAAAACUAGAUACGUUGUAAGAUGUAAAACAUUCCUUUUCCCUUGUAGAUUGGUGAUCAACAUAUGAAUGACAAACUUGAAAUAUAUCAUUGGUGGAUGCAAAACAAAUGAAGACAUAAAUAAAUACAGUAUAAAAAUGUAAUGAUAAUGAAAAUUACACUGGUCAACAAGGUUUCUGUUCCUCAGUAAGUAAGUUGUGACUUUUAUGUUUUGGGGGAUGUUGAAAAAGAAUAUGACAAUAAAAAUAUUCCAUCACCCACAGAUUUUUGAAAAAUCUAAGAUCUUUAAAAUGUCAAUUAAAUGACAUUUAUUCUAAGCAUGUACAAUGUUUUUGUCAUUUCCCAUUUUUUAAACAAUUACAAAGCUUAAAACUAGUAUAAAAAAAAUCUAAUAUAUAUAUAUAUAUAUAUAUAUAUAUAUAUAUAUAUAUAUAUAUAUAUAUAUAUAUAUAUAUAUAUAUAUAUAUAUAUAUAUAAUCUAAUAAGAUUCCAACCGUAAUCAUGAGUAUAUUAGAAGUAAACCAUCCUUGAUAUAUCCCGCUUCAAUUGCAGAAAUAUCCUGGUGGAAGCAAUUCCCAUGCUUGUCGGAUUUCAGUGACAUUGAACAUCACAAUUUGAUUGUAACUUUUUAACAUGUCUUUAAUUAAUGGUUCAUAGUUAGGACUUUUAUUUCCCAAGAACUUUGUCACAAGAUUUUAAAAAUAAAUUCAUGCUGUUUUUUCUAAAUCACUUACUCUAGCUUCAAAAUUUUGGUCCUUCAUAAGCUUUCUAAUCUGUGGGUCAUUGAAAUUACCCUCCUUAAUUUUCGCAUAAAUGAGAGAUAGGGACUGUUUCUGCAAAUAUUAAAAUCCACACCCUUUUUUAUCCAUUUUUUAAUGAAAUUCUUCAUUAAUCCCAACUUUAUGAGAAAAGUUGGGAGAAUAUUUUUAAAAAUCGAAUAGAAAAACGUUUUGCAUAUUUUUUUUUUUUACCUGCAAUAUAUUGUUUGCACUUUGACCAUUUCUUUUGUGAUAUAAUGUUCAUGUAUUGCCCUGCUGUCCCACUCGUACAGAAAAUAGCACUAUGUUGUACAAUCGAGUUGCAGACCAAUGAGAAUGACAAUUACUUUCAAAACUGCCCAUAUGCUCCAAUUAUGAUGUGAGUAGUCAAUUUCAUGAAUCAAUAUCUUCAUAGUUUUGUAGGAUUCUUUCAAUAUCCAAAAAUAAGCUAUGGGAUGGGUGACUGAGCAUUUUCCCGCACCGAAAGACAACUUCAACUACCGUGAUCUUGCGUGAAAACGAAAUGAUACGGAACACCUAGCGCAUCUGCACAAGGUUGCACUUAUCAAAGUGAAUUUGGUUUUUACUCUCUUGUUACAUGUUCUAUCGCUGUAAUGAGUAAAAAAAUAUGUGUCUGUGGAUCAAAUGCAUCUAAAAAAAUAUAGUAAACUUGUAACUGCUAUAAGAUAGCAUAUAUAGUCCAAAACUUAUAUAUGAAAUUUCUUAAAAUUGGAGGGUGAUAGAAAAUUUUUGCAAACAUAUUAUUUUUCAGCAAGCUGAAAUUUAUAAGAAACACCCAAAGUACAUUGAGAAACAGAAAAUUUGCUAACAUUUGCUUUUUAGUGUUAUUAAUGGCCACCAUCCAACCUGUAUUCUUUUUAAGUUUACUGAGUUUGGUUUGCAUUGUAUUUUCACUUUUCAUAAACAUAAAAAAACUGCAUUGUUGUCUCGUGUCUUUAAAUUUUUUUAAAAUCAAAAAUAAAAAGUUAAGCAUUAAAUAAAUGUUGUAAAAAAUAAUAAUGGUCAUGGCCAACUAUAAUAAAAAUAAUAUUUUAAAAAUCAACUGAAUUUUAUUUUGUAAAAAUAAAGCAUGCAUUAAUUAUGUGUGCAGAAGCAAAUAAUGCAAAUAAUUUAUGUGUGUGUUAUUAAGUUGAAUGAUCAUUAUAUUUUUAAUAAACUCUUUAGUAUGGUUAAGCAUUGUUAAAGCUUAUAGUUUGCAUUUCUGAUGCAAUUGAUAUUAAGAAAUUUUGAUCUAUGAAAAACAGAAGUUUUAAUCUGUUCUGUGACUGUCUUAUGAUGUUACCUAGUUGCACUGGCUUUGUUUUUUAGGAAGUAUUCUCAAUACAUUCUUUUUAAAGCAAAGUUAAAUGUUACGUAGCUCCCUUUAAUCUGUGCACAAUAGUCUUAUGCAAGUUUUAAACAUGUUCUUUUCUAAUUAAAAAUUUUAAUUAACUAUUUCAUUGGGUAUCACAAUUCUUACUCAUACUUGCUUGUUAAAAAAAUAUUCUUGUUCAUACCCGUGCAUAAAUUGUAUCUUUAAGGUCAUCUCAAUUCUCUAGUGUUUCCUUCAUUUUUUUUUUUUUUGCUCCACUAAUAAUUUCAUGUAAAAUUAGGACUGAUUGCAACUAUGCAUGAAUAAAAUUCAAACAGUUCAGAACCUCAAAGAUAAAGUAUCUUUUAAUUAAAAAAAAAAAAAACUGAUUUGGCCGAAAAACAUUUUUGUUCAUUAAUGCAUGUAUGUUAUUGCAUAUAAAUAUAAUGCAUUAAAGAUACGCUCUUGACUAGAAGUUUUUUUUUUCUUGAGAAUAAUAAUAGUAUAAGUUACUGAAAUCACAUUUGUAGUGUUUUCCUCUGAGAACUCCUGGUAUAAAAAAAGGGUUACUGCAUGUAUAAUUUUAAAGUAUUUUAUAUUUUGUUUAUAUCAAUCAAUAUAAUUUUCAUUGUCAUUUAAAAAAAAAUAAAUACAAAGUUUCAUGUUCUUGCUAUAUGUGAGAAUAAAUUUUCAUAUUAA